UCUGCUUCGCUUUGUCUGAGCUUCUCUUUCUGCUCGAAGCUCCCAUGUAACAAAAUGUAUCCCCCCUUCUUCUCCUCGUCGAUUUCCGCCCCGUUUCUUCUCCUUGUCGGAAGAAACCUUCCAGUUCCGAUGUCUCCGAGCUCUGCUCUCCGCCGCCCGCUGCUCGAUCCUCGGAGAUGAAGCAGAAGGCCGACCGACGCCGGCCGGGAAAAAAAAAAGUAGGAUCCGGUUCUCUUCUGAAAGUUUGAUUCCGAAGGCGUUUCAUUUGGCCGCCGCAGCUUCUGCGAGUCCCGAUGGAGGAGCGUAACGCGAGGAGGCGGACGCCGACUCCGGCGGCGAUGCCGGACGAGGUGCUGAGCUGCGUCAUGCCGUACAUCGAUGACCCCAGGGACCGGGCUGCCGCCUCCCUGGUGAGCCGCCGGUGGCACGACCUGGACGCCGCGACGCGUAAGCACCUGAAGGUCGCACUUUGCUAUGCCGUGAGCCCCGAUCGGCUGAGCAGGAGGUUCAGGCACCUCGAGUCCCUGAAGCUGAAGGGGAAGCCAAGGGCUGCGAUGUUCAAUCUGAUACCGGAGGACUGGGGGGGCUUCGCGAGCCCGUGGAUCAGGGAGAUUGCCCGAUCCUUCGAUUGCUUGAAGAGCCUCCACUUCCGCCGGAUGAUCGUGAGCGACUCGGAUCUGGAGCUCCUUGCGAGGUCCCGAGGCCGUGCUCUGCACUCUCUCAAGCUCGAUAAAUGCUCCGGGUUGUCUACCGAUGGUCUUUUACACAUCGCGAGCUCGUGCAGGAACCUAAGAACAUUGUUCUUGGAGGAGAGUUCGAUAGUCGAGGAAGAUGGUGAAUGGCUCCACAGCCUUGCUCUGAAUAACACAGUUCUCGAGACCCUCAACUUUUACGGGACCGAUCUUGUGAAAUUUAUUGUUGAGGACCUCAAGGGCAUCCUCACAAGAUGUAAAUCCUUGGUCUCACUUAAGAUAAGUGAUUGCGAUGUCAUAAACCUUGCUGGUUUCCUACAAGCUGCACCUGCCUUGGAAGAGUUUGCUGGUGGUUCUUUCGAUGAUGUUAGCGAGGAUGUUCUUGGUGAGCAACGAGACAAGUAUGCUGAAGUGUCGUUUCCCCCGAGAUUAUGCCGUCUGGGACUGACAUUCUUGGGGAAUAAUCAUCUUCAUAUGCUAUUCCCUUAUGCUGCGAUGCUUAAAAAGUUGGAUCUGCUCUAUGCAAUGCUCGAUACAGAGGAUCACUGCUUUUUGAUACAGAAGUGUCCGAACUUGGAAGUUCUUGAGGCGAGGAAUGUGAUCGGGGACAAAGGGUUAGAGGUUCUUGCUCAAAGUUGUAAGAGACUAAAGAGAUUGAGGAUUGAAAGAGGGGCUGAUGAAGGUUUGGAGUUCGAAGAAGGUGUAGUUUCGCAAACUGGGCUGAUGGCUUUAGCUCAGGGCUGCCAAGAACUGGAAUACCUCGCAGUCUAUGUCUGCGACAUCACGAACCAGGCUCUUGAGUACAUCGGUACUUACUCGAAGAACCUCUGUGACUUUCGCCUAGUUUUGCUCGACAGGGAGGCAAGAGUCACGGACAUGCCACUUGAUAAUGGGGUUAAGGUCUUGCUAAGAGGCUGCGAGAAGCUCAGGAGGUUCGCGCUAUACCUCCGACAUGGGGGAUUAACCGAUUUGGGAAUGAGCUACAUUGGGCAGUACAGUCCAAGGAUAAGAUGGAUGCUUCUGGGAUGUGUAGGCGAGUCCGACUGGGGCUUGUUGGCGUUCGCCAAGGGCUGCCCAAGCUUGCAGAAGCUGGAGAUGAGAGACUGUUGCUUCAGCGAGAAAGCACUCGCCCAAGCUGCAAAGCAGCUGACUUCUCUAAGGUACCUCUGGGUUCAGGGCUACAAAGCAUCUAAGACCGGUCGGGAUCUCCUGAGAAUGGCACGACCUUAUUGGAACAUCGAGCUAAUCCGUACUAGGAGGUUCAGGGCCGACAAUUCUCCCAGGUUCCCUCGAGUUCACGAGGAGCCCUCCCAUGUUCUCGCUUACUCUUCUCUUGAAGGACCAAGAACGGACUUUCCGGAUUCUGUCGUUCCGGUGGACCUGAACAUGUUACUUCCCUGUACAUAUCGUCUUCCAGUUCUGUAGAUUCGUGUAGCUUACCGCUUGUAAGAAAAUGGGGGUGUGCGUCGAUGUUUGUACUGAACUCUUGUAACCUAUUUCUACCACCACCGCUACUACUACUACCACUAUUAUCACUACAAGUACUUAGUAUCGGCAUAAUGGAGAUGGAUUUUAAGUAAAAGGAUUUUGAGUUUCUUUUGUAUUUUUGUGAGUAAUGACUUCAGAGUUCUGCUUGUGCUUGA